GUGUGUAUGUGGCAACGUGUGCGUGUCUGCUGACAGUGUAUAAAGUCCAAGCCCACAGUGCUCUGGCUGCACUCCUCUGAGCUGCGCUUGAAAAUGAAGCUGCUGAUUUUUGCUGCUCUUUUGGGGCUAAGCGUAGCCCAGCACAACCCUCACACCAAGCAUGGACGCACCUCCAUCGUCCAUCUGUUUGAGUGGCGGUGGGCGGACAUAGCUGCGGAGUGUGAGCGAUACCUGGCACCAAAUGGCUACGGAGGUGUUCAGAUCUCCCCCCCGAGCGAACACAUUGUUCUGGACCACCCCUGGAGGGCCUGGUACCAGAGAUACCAGCCAAUCGGAUACAACCUGUGCUCCCGAUCAGGAAAUGAGAAGGAGCUCCAGGAUAUGAUCUCCAGAUGCAACAAAGUUGGGGUCAACAUCUAUGUGGACGCGGUUAUCAACCACAUGUGUGGAGCCGGUGGAGGUGAGGGUCACCACUCAAGCUGCGGAUCCUACUUCAACGCCAACACAAAGGACUUCCCCUCCGUGCCCUACUCAAACUUGGACUUCAACGAUGGCAAAUGCAGAACUGGCAGUGGAGAGAUCGAGAACUAUGGUGACCCUAACCAGGUGAGGGACUGUCGUCUGGUGGGUCUGCUCGACCUGGCCCUGGAGAAGGACUACGUACGGAGCAAGACGGCCGACUACAUGAACAAGCUGAUUGACAUGGGUGUGGCCGGGUUCAGGGUGGACGCCUGCAAGCACAUGUGGCCGGGAGACAUGAAGGCCGUCUUCGACAGACUGCACAACCUCAACACCGCCUGGUUUAGUGCUGGCUCCAGACCGUUCAUCUUUCAAGAGGUCAUUGAUCUCGGUGGAGAGGCCAUCACUGCCAGUGAAUACUUUGGACUGGGCAGGGUGACCGAGUUUAAGUAUGGAGCCAAGCUUGGCACAGUUCUGCGCAAAUGGAACGGCGAGAAGCUUUCCUACCUGAAAAACUGGGGAGAGGGUUGGGGUUUCAUGCCUAACGGUAGCGCUGUGGUGUUUGUGGAUAACCAUGACAACCAGAGGGGCCACGGAGCUGGUGGAGCUGCCAUACUCACAUUCUGGGACCCCAGGCUGUACAAGAUGGCUACUGGACUCAUGCUGGCUCAUCCUUAUGGAGUUACCAGGGUGAUGUCAAGCUUCCGCUGGGAACGCCACUUCGUCAACGGAAAGGAUCAGAAUGACUGGAUGGGACCGGCCAGCUACUCCGACGGCUCCACUAAGCCUGUGACCAUCAACUCAGACAGCACCUGUGGGAACGGCUGGGUCUGUGAACACAGGUGGCGGCAGAUCAGAAACAUGGCGAUUUUCCGCAAUGUGGUCAACGGACAACCUUUCUCCAACUGGUGGGACAACCAGAGCAACCAGAUUGCUUUUGGACGUGGCAACCGAGGGUUCAUUGUUAUCAACAAUGAUGAUUGGAGCCUGGAUGUGACCCUGAAUACGGGCCUACCUGCGGGCACCUACUGUGACGUGAUCUCUGGGGACAAGAGCGGAAGCAGGUGCACUGGGAAGCAGGUGCAGGUGGGAGGGGACGGACUUGCCCACUUCCAAAUCAGCAACACAGCCGAGGACCCCUUCAUGGCCGUCCACGCAGAUUCCAAACUGUAAACAAAUAAAGAGAUGAUGCAUUGCA